AGCACGGUUUCGGUAGGAUCCACACGAAUGAAUCGUCUCUAAACGGGUCUUGAUAGCAGAGGAGACGCGAGGUCCGACUCUAGAAGAGCAUCGUGAAGUAAUCUUAUUUAUCAGCCAAUCUUGUAUAUACGGUCUUUUUCUUGGGAGGAUUUCUGAUUCUCCGUUCAGCUUUGUGGUCCCACCAUAAUGGCGCCAACUAUCCAGACCCAAGCUCAACGAGAGGACGGACACAGGAGUAGCUCACACAGAACUGUCCCAGAAAGAUCUGGGGUUGUCUGUCGUGUGAAAUACUGCAAUGGGCUCCCGGACAUCCCUUUUGACCCCAAGUUCAUCACCUACCCUUUUGACCAGCACAGGUUUGUGCAGUACAAGGCCACCUCGCUGGAGAAGCAGCACAAGCACGAGCUGCUGACCGAGCCUGACCUGGGCGUCACCAUAGACCUCAUCAACCCCGACACCUACCGCAUAGAUCCCAACAUUCUUUUGGACUCUGCUGACGAGAAGCUACUGGAAGAGGACAUCCAGGCUCCAUCCAGCUCCAAACGGUCCCAGCAGCACGCCAAGGUCGUCCCCUGGAUGAGGAAGACUGAGUACAUCUCGACCGAAUUCAACCGAUAUGGCGUCUCCAAUGAGAAAGUGGAAGUCAAGAUCGGCGUGUCUGUCAAACAGCAGUUCACAGAAGAGGAGAUCUACAAGGACAGGGACAGCCAGAUCGCGGCCAUUGAGAAGACAUUUGAGGACGCUCAGAAACCGAUCUCACAGCACUACAGCAAACCAAGAGUCACGCCAGUGGAGAUCCUGCCUGUGUUCCCUGACUUUAAGAUGUGGAUCAACCCUUGCGCUCAGGUCAUCUUCGACUCAGACCCGGCUCCUAAAGACAUCUCAGGCCCAGCUGCUGUGGAUAUGAUGUCCCAGGCCAUGAUCAGGGGCAUGAUGGAUGAGGAGGGCAAUCAGUUUGUGGCCUACUUCCUGCCCAACGAGGAAACCAUGAGGAAGCGCAAGCGAGACUUCGAGGAGGACCUGGACUACAUGCCAGAGGAAGUGUACGACUACAAGAUCGCCAGGGAGUACAACUGGAAUGUGAAGAACAAGGCCAGCAAGGGCUACGAGGAGAACUACUUCUUCAUCUUCAGGGACGGCGAUGGGGUGUACUACAAUGAGCUGGAGACCAGAGUGCGUCUGAGCAAGAGGAGAGCAAAGGCCGGAGCACAGUCCACCACCAACGCCGUGCUGGUGUGUAAGCACCGCGACAUGAACGAGAAGGAGCUGGAGGCCCAGGAAGCCCGUAAGGCACAGCUGGAGAACCACGAGCCCGAGGACGAGGAGGAGGACAUGGAGCUGGAGAAGGACACCCAGGACUCCGGCGACGAGAAGGAGAAGGGCAGCGAGAGCGAGAACUCGGGCAGCGAGUCGGAGCGCGACGAGGAGGAGGAGGGCAGCCGGCGGGGCGACGAGGAUGAGGAGGAGGACGAGGACGGCGAGGAAGGGGCCGGCAAGCGGCGGCGGCGCAAGGCCAGCGGCAGCGGCAGCGAGAGCGGCGACGAGCGGCAGGCCCGCGAGAUGCGAGACGAGGAGGAGAUCUUCGGCAGCGAUGACGACAGCGACGAGGACGAGGCCAAGAACGGCGGCGAGCGCAGCAGCGGCGAGGAGGGCAGCGGCAGCGAGGACGAGGAGGAUGAAGAGGAGGAGGAGGAGGGCGGCGGCGGCGGCCGAAGGAGCCGCAGCAGCAGUGAGCGCUCGGAGGGCGAGCGCCACAGCGGCAGCGGCAGCGAGCAGGGCUCCGACUCCAGCGAGGGCAGCGACAGCGAGUGAGGUGCCCCGCCCCUCCCAGCUCGCGGGGCGGAGUCAGGGGCGUGUCCUGCCUGGUCCGGCCCCUCUCUUAUUCUGGUUGGUCUAUGCUAACCAUUAUAAUCAGACUGCAGCCUCCUUUGGGGGAGUCACUCAUUUAUUAAGGAUCGUGCAUAAAGGGGCAACUUUUUUUUUUUUUUUUUGAGAGAAGGCCACAAGGCAAGUGUGCACCUGUGCAUAACUGCUUCUGCUCCAUAGAUUUUCACCAUUUGACUCGUGGCAGUUUUUUUUUUUUGCUGUGUUAAAAUUGGGGGUCCUUCCAUUGUUCAUAAGCUACAAGCAUCAGACUUCAUCUGCAAAGUGUCCCUCCAACAUGUUCCUUUAAAUAAGUUAGUCCCUUGCCCUAUUUUGACAACUCUUUCCUUUGGUUUUCAUCAAUUCCUUUUCACUUAUUAGCGUGUACCAAUAAACUGGGGUUGCAUUGCUUUACAUAGUACUGUGCACAUUUAUAUAUGAAAACUCAAAGUAAGUGAAUUCUUCAGAAAUGUAACAGAGAUUCCUGUUUGUCUGUUCAUGCAGUGGUCUGAAAUAGUCUGAAAUACAGUGGUAUGAAAACUCCGCUACAGCUGAAAGUUUUAUUUGCCAACUCAUCUGGUUCCACAUACGAUAUGCAACUAGAAUUCUUCCCAGUCAGUCUUUUGCUAGCCUCCUUGAAACCCAGAGAGUUGGGGGGGAAAAAAUGAUGGCUUUUGUAGGUCUGCUUACCUUUUAUGUGCGCCUGUGUGGAAGUGUGUUAUUGUUGGCUGCUUACGGAAAGAUAUUGCCAUCUAAGCAUCAUUUUCUGCAGUGUCUAAAUCUAAAAUGUGCUUUUUCCUCCAUACUCAGCAUUGUAAAGUGAAAAACGCUUCAAAAAAAUCUAAUAAGAGCAACCACACAAAUGUAAUUAAGUCAUACAGAGAGAAGGUUUGCUGUAUAGAUUUCUGGUAAUAGCAUUGUUUUGUUUGUUUCUUGGUGCCACAGUUUUAGUUCUACAACAGGCCGCUCGUGAAAAAUCUUCCAUAAGGGAUGCAUACAAUACCUGUAUCUCCGUAGCAUUUGUGUAAGGCCGCAGUGUCCUCCGCAUAUUGUGUACAUUGUAUGUUUAUGUUGCAAUGUAAAUAAAUCCU